GGAAUUGUUUAGCCACAAAACGCACGCGCUCUUUCUGGUUCGGCCAAACAUCGUUUGCAUCGGAGUCCGUGAUGGUUUCACACCUCGAGGACACCAAGUCGUAUGCGGAGCAAAACCCUAGACCCAAUACCCCUCUUCUCGCCGCCGGCAACAGCAACGGCGACGGUAUUCAACCUACGAAGAAGAACUUGAUUCCCAGCGAUGGCGGUGCAGAGGAGGAAAAUCGGAUUCAAAGAAGCGGCGCCGGCGAAUCAAAGCGUCAUCGGGAUCUCGAUCGGUAUUACAGCAUUAACAUCUCGAGUUGUUCGAAAAGGGAACUACACGAGCACAAGACGAGGCUUGCCUGGGAACUCGAGCAGGUUCGGAACAUGAUAAGAUGGGUCGGUGGCUCGUCGGCCGGAAACCAGACGAGAUUGCCGCCCAAGAAGAAAGCCAAGAAGGCGGAAGACCUGCGAUCGGAGUCGGAGAAGGGAUUUGCCGCCAUGAUGAGGAAGUGUCUUGAGAUUGUGAACAAAAUCAUGAAACAGAGAGGCGCGAGUUGGUUCAACGCUCCCGUUGAUGUGCUUGGAUUAGGGCUAUACGAUUACCAUCAAAUCAUCAAGAUCCCGAUGGAUUUGGGCACCGUGAAGGCAAAUUUGAGCAAAGGGUUUUACCAGUGCCCGACGGAGUUCGCCGCCGACGUGAAGCUGACCUUUGAUAACGCGAUGCUGUACAAUCCCCCAGAGCACGUCGUCCACGGACUCGCCAAGCAACUCAUGGUGAAGUUCGAGAGGAUGUAUUAUCCGGCGUACGAGGUUUACAAGAAGCGGAUAGGAUUGGGGGAGGUGUGGAAGAGGAGGGUGAUGACGGUGGAGGAGAAGGAUGGUCUGAGAGAGAGGUUGGAGGGGUUGGGGAUGGAGGAGAUGGCGGAGGUGAUCGAGAUGCUGAGGAAGCGAGACGUGAAGAUGAGGGCGAACGGGGAUGAGAUCGAGCUCCAAUUUGAGGAUUUGGAUAAUGAUACGCUCUGGGUCAUUGGAUCUCUUUCUUCUUAACAAGCACGGGCAGACGAAACCCAUACUCACUAAUGAUAUUAAUAAUAAUAUCGAGAAAAAUAUUAAUGACGCUCAAAAUGAAAAUUUAAAUAAUGAUAAUAAUAACAGUGAUAAGGUAAUUAUGGAUGGGUUGAGUAGCAGUUAUUUUUUGAGAAUAUAAUUUUUUUUUUAUUUUGUGAAUAAAUGAGAAUGUGAUUUUGUUUGGGUUUUUGGGCAGUUGGAAGUGGUGGUGGAGAAGAAAGGGGAAGAAGGUGUGGAGAGUGAAAAGAAGGAGAGUAGUGGGAGCAGCAGCAGCAGUAGUAGCUCUGGAAGUUCGUCAUCAUCUUCUUCUUCUUCUUCAUCAAGUGAUUCAGAAUCAGAAUCAGGGAGGUCUUUAGUUAGUGAUCCUGUGCAGCAGACAAUGCGUUCCCAGGUUUGAAUCCUGGUGGUUUUAAAUGGGAUUCAUGUAAUACGAGAGAGAGUAGAGGUGUGUUAAGACUUAAGAGGAGCGUCUGAUAUAACAAUAGGAAAUUUCAUUUGUACAGUUGAAGUUGUUCAAAGAUGGAGUUUUUUUUUUUUAAUUUUAUUUUAACUGAUUUAUAUUGUUUUCUGUUUUUAUGUCGAGUUUUUUAUUUUUUUUUAAUUUUUUCCUUAAGCAUUCUGAAAAUGUAGGAAUAAUAAUAGAAGAGAACUUAUGUCCAAGGAAUGGGAAACAUGGCUUU